AUCUCCGUGUUGCUGCCCUCCGCCUACCUGAUCGGCCUCAUCUUCACCCUGAAGACCCACUCCCACAUCUACGACAUCCAAGUCAGUGACGGGCACGACCACCACCAGGGUCAGUGCCCACCGGGGGGCGCCAGCGGGGGUCACGGCACGGUCGUCCACUGGUCCAGGUUGAGGGCUCUGUCUGUGCUGAUCAUGGCCACGCUGCUAAUGGCUGCCUGUGCCGACCUCACCACGGAGCACAUCAAACCCAUCCUCGACCACUCCGCCAUCUCCCAGUAUUUCAUCGGCGUGACCGUGUUGGCGAUGGUGCCAGAAAUUCCUGAGAUCUUCAACGGAAUCCAGUUUGCCCUGCAGAAUAACAUCAGUCUCAGCUUGGAGGUGGGAAACUGCAUAGCAGUGCAAGUCUGCAUGAUUCAGAUUCCCUUACUCAUCUUGUUCAACACUUUUUAUGAUGUGGGAUUCAUGCUCCUGUUCAGUGACUUACAUCUUUGGGCCAGCAUCUUUAGUGUGAUUGUGGUCAACUACAUUUUCAUGGAUGGCAAGUCUGACUACUUUCAGGGGACUGCUUUGGUGGUGGUUUACCUCAUUUUACUGGCGUUGUACUUUUUCGCCCCAUCACCCCGUGCCUGUUGA